AUGGGUUGCGUACUGGGACAGUAUGACGAGUCGGGGAAAAGAGAAAAGGUAAUUUACUACCUCAGUAAGAAGUUCACAGAGUAUGAAGUAAAGUACCCUUCAAUUGAAAAAUUUUGUUGUGCAUUGAUUUGGAUGGUUCAAAGGCUCAGACAAUACAUGUUGUAUCAUACGAUAUGGUUAAUUUCAAAACUGGAUCCAAUAAAGUGCAUGAUGGAGUCACCUGCACUCUCAGGAAGAAUGGCACGAUGGCAGAUCCUUCUGACUGAGUAUGACAUCGCAUAUAAAAAAGAGGGCGAGUCAUCAAAAGAGGAAUCAUGGAAGAUGAGCUUUGAUGAUGCAUCGAAUGUAUUGGGGCAUGGGAUCGGAGCAGUCUUAGUGUCGCCGGAAGGGGAUCAUUACCUGCUCACUGCUAGAUUGAAUUUCUUCUGUACCAAUAAUAUAGCAGAGUAUGAAGCUUGCAUCAUAGGACUCCGUGCAGCCAUCAGGAGGAAAAUUAAAAUUUUAGAGGUACACGGGGACUCAGCAUUAGUCAUUUACCAAAUUCGUGGAGAUUGGGAAGUAAGGGAUUCAAAAUUAGUAAAGUAUCACGAUCUCGUUGCGGAACUAGUAAAAGAGUUCAAUGAAGUGACUUUUAACUACUUUCCACGGAAAGAGAACCAACUGGCUGAUGCCCUGGCCACUUUGGCUUUAAUGUUCAAAGCAAACAAAGAAACUGAAAUAAUGCCUAUCCAGAUGAGCAUACAUGAGACCCCCUACACUGUUUUAGCAUUGAGGAGGAGUCAGAUGGACGACCAUGGUUCCAUGAUAUCUUAG